CCCUAGUGCUGUUGAGUUUUUUGAUUUUGAAGCUGUUUCUGUAACACAAUGGGGGAGAAGCAGAAGCGAAAGAGCAUCCCAGUUCUACCAUGGAUGCGAAGCCCAGUCGACGUCUCCCUAUUCGAGGAAUGCCCCCUUGAGAUCCUCCCUUUGCUCGACCCCAGAUUGAAGGUAGCUUUGCAGAAGACGGGCAUCGCUUCAAUAUUCCCAGUGCAACUUGCAGUUUGGCUAGAGGUGAUUGGGCCCGGUUCAUUUGAGAGAGACCUCUGUAUUAAUUCACCAACUGGAAGUGGGAAAACUUUAGCUUAUGCACUACCGAUAGUGCAAAUGCUGUCAAGUCGUGCGGUCAAAUGCUUACGUGCUUUAGUUGUGUUGCCUACUCGUGAUCUGGCCUUGCAGGUUAAAGAGGUUUUUACAGCGAUUGCACCUGCCGUGGGCUUAUCUGUAGGUUUGGCUGUUGGUCAAUCCUCCAUAGCAGAUGAGAUUUCUGGUCUUAUCAAGAGACCUAAGUUUGAGGCAGGCAUCUGUUAUGAUCCAGAAGAUUUUUCGGUUCCGCUGCAGAGUUCUGUGGACAUAUUGGUGGCAACGCCUGGAAGAUUGAUGGACCAUAUUAACUUCACGAAAGGGUUUACACUUCAGCAUCUACGCUAUCUUGUUAUCGAUGAGACGGAUAGGUUAUUGAGGGAAUCAUAUCAGUCUUGGCUACCGACUGUGCUUCAGUUGACACGUGCUGACGAUGAUAAUAUCAUCUUUCCUUCCUACACUUCACUUCCUUGUUCUGCUGGAUCCUUAAAAACCAUAAGGAGAUUUGGUGUCGAGAGGGGGUUUAAGGGUAAACCUUACCCAAGGCUUGCAAAGAUGGUUCUAUCUGCAACGCUUACACAGGAUCCAAGCAAGCUUUCUCAACUUGAUCUGCAUCACCCUCUAUUCUUAACAACUGGGAAAAGAAGAUAUAAACUUCCUGAGAAAUUAGAAUCAUACAUGAUGAUUUGUGAAUCAAAACUCAAACCGUUAUAUCUGGUUUCCCUGCUACAAAGUUUAGGAGGAGAGAAGUGUAUCGUUUUCACAUCCUCAGUGGAGUCUACUCAUCGGCUAUGCACAUUACUCAACUUUUUUGACGACUUGCAACUCAAUAUCAAAGAGUAUUCAGGGCUUCAACGUCAAUCGUUGAGAAGCAAGACUUUGAACGCUUUUCGAGGAGGGGAGAUUCAAGUACUCGUUAGUUCCGAUGCCAUGACUCGUGGAAUGGAUGUUGAGGGCGUGAGAAAUGUUAUUAAUUAUGAUAUGCCUGCAUUUAUAAAGACAUAUAUUCAUCGAGCUGGCCGGACUGCAAGGGCUGGGCAGUCUGGGCGUUGUUUCACAUUGCUGAGUAAAGAUGAGGUUAGGCGUUUCAAGAAACUACUACAAAAGGCUGAUAAAGAUUCUUGUCCCGUACAUUCCCUACCUUCCAGUUCAAUUGAGUUGCUCCACCCUACCUAUGUCUCUGCCCUAGAGAAACUCAAGGAAAAGGUAGAAUCAGAAACAUCCAUAAAGAGUACAGUCAUGUCUUCUAGAGUGGGCAAACGGAAAGAAACGAACUCCAAUGAAAAGAUCUGAAUUGAAACCAUUGGACUGAAAUACAGAAUGUCUAGUGCAUUGGAACAUUACAAAUGAUUUCAUUACAGUAAUAGCAAGUCCACAGGAAAGUGUGCAAGUACAAAUUUCCGGGUCUCAGUUCACUAGGACAUGAAAUUUCAACUACAGAAGAUGGUGAUAAAGCCUUCUAAGGCUUAUUAUUUCAACUCAAGACUACACAUUCAAUCAUUGAAUGUGGAGAAAGAUCUAUUUAUAUUUCUAACGAAGUACCUAGAACUGGCGCUAGCAGCUGUAGAAGCAGAGACAGUUGACGGGCUUCUUGGGGAAGUAGCACAGUCAUUCUUCCCACUGUCUCUCUCCUCUUCACUGAUGGUGUCCAACACUUUUGACGUUCGGCGUCUCAUGACACUGAUAAUCUGUGGUGGCGCAACCUCGGUAACGAACCUCGCUAAACGGGAAUUCACCAUUCUUUUUGGAGUUUCAGGUCUCAGAGGCAGAUGGUUGGUGCUCCAGGAGAGCUCAGAUUGGUCUGGUUGAGAGUGAAUGCAAGCUUUUGGGUGAUAUUUAUGAGGAUUUGUGAAAGUCUUGACCCAAGGGGAAGCUUGAAAUCAAUAUUUUUGGCCCUUGGUGGUGCCGCUUAGUGCAACUACCAUUGAUAUUUGUUGCAGUUUUCAAAUGACUGAUCUCUUUCCCAGACCUUUCUAGGAGAUUAAUUUGUGGUAUUUUGAGGUGUAGUCCAAAUUGUGCUGGGGCCAGUAGCUUUUGCAUUUGCCCUCUUCAAAGUUUUAACUAUGAUUGGCAAAUCCAUAUGCCACGUUUCUAAAUAUUGACAAAAUUUUCUUUUCAGCUAUUA